UAAAAUAUGCGGCAAUUAAAGGGGAAAACGAAAGAAACAAAUAAACAGAAGAAAGAGCGGAAAAAGGAGUUCCUUGAGAACAAGCAGAGAGUGUUCACGGUUGUGUUGCCUACUAUAGCUGCGAUAUUUGUGAUAAUAGCGGCAUAUAUCUAUGUUAAAACCCGUCCAAAACUCAUGGAGUACUAAUUAUUAUUAUCACUUGUCAUUCAUUCAUUCAGAUGAGAUGACUGUGCUGUAUCUCGACAAUGCAUAGACAAUUCCGUGUUGUAUUCUCAUGAUUCAUAUGAAAGUUUUUCUAAAUGGAGGCACAUUCCAUUGUUCCCAGAAACAUUUCAUACCUAACUCAUAUACUAGAAACAAAA